AGAAGUGAACCGUCUUUUUGCAGGAGUCCAGUACAACGCGUUGUGAUGUCAUGUGAGGGACUGACACGCAGGGCUGAUUUGGACCAAUGAGGAAGGACAAGGGGCAGGUCUGCCUCUUCUCAUGCCCCACCCUCAGAUCUAGCCAGAGGAAAGUUUCGCUUAUUCAAGUGAAAGGAGGAAACAUGGCAGCGCGUUGGUGGUUUUGGUGUGUUUUUGCGACCGUGGAGGUGGCGUUGGUGCUCAUUUACGGGGUUCCCUCGGCUUCUGCCCAAAGAAAGAAGGAGAUGGUGUUAUCUGAAAAAGUUAGCCAGCUGAUGGAAUGGACCAAUAAAAGACCUGUAAUAAGAAUGAAUGGAGAUAAGUUCCGUCGCCUUGUUAAAGCACCACCAAGAAACUACUCUGUUAUUGUCAUGUUCACUGCUCUCCAACUUCAUAGACAGUGUAUUGUGUGCAAGCAAGCUGAUGAAGAAUUCCAGAUCCUGGCAAACUCCUGGCGAUAUUCCAGUGCAUUUACCAAUAAGAUAUUUUUUGCUAUGGUGGAUUUUGAUGAAGGUUCUGAUGUAUUUCAGAUGCUAAACAUGAAUUCAGCUCCAACCUUCAUCAACUUUCCUGCAAAAGGAAAACCCAAACGUGGUGAUACAUAUGAGUUGCAGGUGCGGGGUUUUUCAGCUGAGCAGAUUGCCAGGUGGAUUGCUGACAGAACUGAUGUCAAUAUUAGAGUAAUUAGACCCCCAAAUUAUGCUGGUCCCCUUAUGUUGGGAUUGCUUUUGGCUGUUAUCGGUGGACUUGUGUAUCUUCGAAGAAGCAAUAUGGAAUUUCUCUUUAACAAAACUGGAUGGGCUUUUGCGGCUUUGUGUUUUGUGCUUGCUAUGACAUCUGGUCAAAUGUGGAACCAUAUAAGAGGACCACCAUAUGCUCAUAAAAAUCCCCACACAGGACAUGUGAAUUAUAUCCAUGGAAGCAGCCAAGCCCAGUUUGUAGCUGAAACACACAUUGUUCUUCUGUUUAAUGGUGGAGUUACCUUAGGGAUGGUGCUUUUAUGUGAAGCUGCUACCUCUGAAAUGGAUAUUGGAAAGCGGAAGAUGAUGUGUAUGGCUGGUAUUGGACUCGUUGUAUUAUUUUUCAGUUGGAUGCUCUCUAUUUUCAGAUCUAAAUAUCAUGGCUAUCCAUAUAGCUUUCUAAUGAGUUAAAAAGGAUCCCAGAGAUAUGUAGAUACAACGGGAAUUCGAAAAUGAAAAAUGUGUGUAUAUUUAAAAGGAAGAACUUGUGUCUUUUAUAUUAUUUUUCCCCCUAAGUGAUUUAAAUAGCUUAUCAUUUAACCAAAGAAGAUGUAUAGUGCCUUAACAAGCAGUUUCCUUUCAAAAUCAUGAAGUAUUUGGGAUAAAACUCUCUCUUCUUAACCUUCCCCUCCUAGUGAACUUUAUGGACCAUUUAAUUUAGUAGACUUAAAUAUAAAAAUUUUAAAACUAGUCUGUUUUAAUUAGAA